GCAGCACAAUGGUACAGGUCGCUACAGGGUGCCGAGCGGUUCCGGCGUUCCGGGUCCGGAAGGUUCAGGUUUUGAGACAAACUUAGAAAUUUAGGUUUUGCAUUUAAAUGUGGUCAGCAGUUGUUGCAUCUCCUGCAUUCAGUAGACCUAAAUCUCUGCAGAACCCUUCCCCUUCUAUUGUAUUUCUGCUCAGUGUCUCCUCCCUCCGCAUUGGUCUCUGUCCUCUCCGCCCCAUCCCUUCCUUCCCCCAGAUUUGAGGUAUCCGCCUCUGCUAGUGAGGUAAUAGUCAUUAAAUGCACGCAGUUUUCGGCAUUAUUCUCAUUAUCAGUACUUCCCAACGGUCUGUGGCACCAUGAGCGGCUCUGGACCCCUCCAACUCGGGCUCAUCAACUGCAACAAUAAGUAUCUGACCGCCGAGGCGUUUGGAUUCAAGAUCAAUGCAUCAGCCUCCAGCCUGAAGAAGAAGCAAGUGUGGUCCCUGGAUCCUGUGGGUGAGGAGGCGGUGUUGCUACGGAGCCACCUAGGCCGUUAUCUCUCUGCAGAUAAGGAUGGACGGGUCUCCGGGGAGAUAGAGCUCCCGGACUCUGAGUGCCGUUUUCUGGUUACUGCCCAGGGAGACGGGCGCUGGGUGCUGCAGUCCGAGGCGUACGGCCGCUACCUGGGAGGCUCAGAGGAUAGAAUCAGCUGCUUCUCGCCCUCUGUGUCUCCGGCUGAGAAAUGGGGCGUCCAUUUGGCCAUGCAUCCUCAGGUCACCAUCUACAGUGUUACCCGAAAGCGCUAUGCUCGCCUAGGGAUCAGUGGGGACGAGCUGUCCGUGGAGCGAGAUGUGCCCUGGGGCCUGGACUCUCUCAUCACCCUUCUCUUCCAGGAGAAUCGCUACAGCAUCCAGACCCCAGAUCACCGCCUCUUAGCUAUGGACGGCAGCCUGCGGACCGAGGCCGGCUCGGAUACCAAGUUCACGCUGGACAUUUCCGCUGGCAAAGUGGCCUUCAGAGCGAGCGAUGGUCGCUACCUGACACCCUCCGGCCCGAGCGGAACUCUAAGAGCCGGCAAGAACAGUAAGGUCGGCAGGGAUGAGCUGUUUGUAUUGGAGAGAAGCUGCCCACAGGUCGUUCUCACCGCCGGCAAUGGCCGCAACGUGUCUACCCGGCAAGGAAUGGACCUCUCUGCCAACCAGGAUGAGGAAAGUGAUCAGGAGACAUUCCAGCUGGAAAUCAACAAGGACACUAAGAAGUGUGCAUUUCGUACUCAUACUGGGAAGUACUGGACCCUCUCUAGCAAUGGUGGAAUACAAGCAACUGCUUCAACACUGAAUGACCGUUGUUACUUUGAUAUUGAUUGGUGUGACCGACGGAUAACCCUAAAGGCAGCAAAUGGAAAGUUUGUGACUGCUAAGAAGAAUGGACAGCUGGCAGCAUCUGUGGAUUCUCCCGUGGAGACAGAGCAUUUCUUAAUGAAACUCAUCAACCGUCCACUGAUAGUCCUAAGGGGAGAACAUGGAUUUAUAGGGUGCCGUAAAAUGACUGGAACACUUGAUUCUAAUCGCUCAAUUUAUGAUGUCUUUCAACUGGAAUUUAAUGAUGGUGCCUACAACCUAAAAGAUUCAACUGGGAAAUACUGGACUGUGGGCAGUGAUACAUCAGUUACCAGCAGUAGCCCUACCCAGGUAGAUUUCUUCUUCAAAUUCUGUGAUCAGAAUAAGGUAGCAAUCAAGGUGAAUUCCCUCUACUUGAAGGGUGAUCAUGCUGGUGUUCUGAAAGCCAAUGCAGAAUCUAUGGACUCCUCUACCCUGUGGGAGUACUGAGCACCUGUUACUUAUGACCUUUGUCUACAGUUUGAUCUGAUCUUGUAUAAAAAAAAAAAAAAACACUAUGUUCCGCUUCCUCGGCAGGGCAUUA